CAUCAGUCUAAACGUCAUAUUCUAGUUCUACUUGUAUUGCUCUUCACACUACUCAGGUCAUUAGGAAUUCCCCCUACCAAACCUCAGCCAAUUGCUAUAAAAAUGGCCCAUAAACCCAACGUCGCCAUCGUAGGCGGCGGCAUCGCCGGCCUAACCCUUGCCAUCGGCCUCCUCAAGCACGACGUCCCAAUAACUCUCUACGAAGCCGCCGCGCGCUUUGGCGAAAUCGGCGCCGGGGUGGGCUUUGGGCCCAACUCGGUGCGUGCGAUGACUUUACUCGACCCGGAGAUCAAGGAAGGCUUCCUGCGGCGCAAGACGGCGAACCAGUGGCCCAGUCACGAGAAGCUGUGGUUCAGCUGCCGAGUCGGGGAUGCGCGGUAUAAGUUCCCCGAGGGCAGUCAGGUUGGCGACUUGGUCUGCGAUGUCGAGUUUACAAACCCGAACAGCCGGGGUGGGGUACACCGCGCGCACUUUCUGGAUGAGAUGGUGAAGCUGGUGCCGGAGGAGCUGUCGCGGUUUGGCAAGAAGCUAGUGGACGUAGAGGAGGCGGGGGAUGGAAGUGGGGAUGUGGUGCUGAAAUUCGCGGAUGGCACCAAGGCGCAGCAUACGGCGGUAAUUGGGUGCGAUGGAAUCAAGUCGCGGACGAGAGAAAUCUUGCUCGGGAAGGAUGAUCCUGCCGCGAGAGCUGUGUUCUCCGGCAAGUAUGCGUACCGGGGGCUCGUUCCAAUGGAGAAGGCGAUGGAGCUGUUAGGCGAGGAGAAGGCUGUGAACAGUCAACUGUAUUUCGGCUAUCAUGGUCAUGUGCUGACAUUUCCAAUUGAAAAGGGGAAGACAAUGAAUGUUGUCGCAUUCGCCUCUCGUUCCGCUUGGCCUUCGAAGGACUGGGUCGUGCACACCACAAAAGACGAAAUGCUCGAAGACUUCGCCGAGUGGGGCUCCACUGUCCACAGCAUCAUCUCCCUGAUGCAGAAACCGGAUAUAUGGGCGCUCUUCAACCACCCUCCCGCGAGCACCUACCACAAGAAGCGCAUCUGCAUUCUCGGUGAUGCUGCUCAUGCGUCAACACCACACCAAGGCGCAGGUGCCGGUAUGGCAAUCGAAGACGCUUACAUCCUGGCCAAUUUGGUGGGAGACGCUGUGAAAGCAGGCACUGGAGUAGCAGGCCUCGAGACAGCAUUCGAGGCAUAUGACCUUGUUCGACGGCCCAGGACGCAGAACUUAGUAGAGACAAGUCGGGAAGCCUCAAUGCUGUAUGAUUUCGAACUUGAAGGCGACGAUUUGGAGGCUAUUGAGAGAAAUAUAAGAAACCGCAUGGGCUGGAUUUGGGACGUAAAUCUUCCGGCAGAACUGGAGAGAGCCCGAGCUAUUGUGAAGUGUAGGAAGUAGAGCUGUACCGUUUGGUUAAUCUCUAGGUAAUGCGUAGGUCAGCAAGGGCGAAGAAUUCAAGAGGAAACAUGUGUAGCAUGUCUAGAAAGCUUUCAAUACGGUAUUUUUAAUCAGAGGUCUGUCUUCCUGUGCUAUCCAAUGUCAACCGGAAAUAAAACGAAAAUACGGUACAAAUCAUGUCUACCGAAC